AUGGCCUUUCUUCCCCUCAGCUCUGAAGUCCUGCUACAGUUUGAAGGCAAACAAAAGGUCAGGUGCAAUGAGAAAUUGCUUGUCAAUUUUAGUCAAUUCUGAUUUAAUUUCUGCCUUUGCAUUGCAACAGCAUAAUUCUAACCAGGUCUGCUCAGAAGUGUUUUGAAUUAAAUGAAAGAUAGUCCCAGGUAACUGGGGUUAGGUUACAAUUGGAGCCUUAAGAGCUCAAUACCAUUUCUGUGCUAGGAGCUCCAUAGCAGAAUGACUCCAUUUUUAAAGAGCUAAUGGUGAGAGUAGCAGCCAGGUAAUGGAGGGAGGUGAGAUUAUAUACCAGCCCUAAGAGCAUCAUAAGCUUUAAUUCAAGUUGCAGAUGGGCCAUAACUCAGCAUAAGAGCAUCUGCUUUGCAAAGGUCCCAAAGUCAACCUGCAGGUAGUGUUUGGAAUGUCUCCUGCCUGAAACCCUGGGAACUUGUUGCCAGCCCUUGUGGACAGUCCCGGGCUGGAAGGAACAAUAGUCUGACUCAAUUUGAAGCAGCUUUCCAAUGAGUUCCUUUGGGAUAGAUGUGACACGGGAAGCACACACACUAUACAUUUAAAGAACAUGACUUCUCCCAAAGCAUAUUGGGAACUGCAGUUUGUUGAGAGUGCUAGGAAUUGUGGCUCUGUGAGGAGUAAACUAUAAUUUUCAAGAUUCUUUGAGAUGUGGGAAAUGUACUUUAAAUUAAUGGCGCUGUGGUCUAAAACACUGAGCCUCUUGGGCUUGCCGAUCAGAAGGUUGGCAGUUUGAAUCCCCAUGACAGAGUGAGCUCCCGUUGCUCAGUCCCAGCUCCUGCCAACCUAGCAGUUCAAAAGCACGCCAAAAAGUGCAAGUAGAUAAAUAGGUACCGCUCUGGCAGGAAGGUAAACAGUGUUUCUGUGUGCUGCUCUGGUUUUGGUGUUCUGUUGUGCCAGAAGCGGCUUAGUCAUGCUGGCCACAUGACCCAGAAAAACUGUCUGUGGGCAAACACCGGCUCCCUUGGCCUGUAAAGCGAGAUGAGCGCCGCAACCCCAGAGUCGCCCACAACUGGACUUAACUGUCAGGGGUCCUUUACCUUUACCUUUUACACAGCCAGGCAGUUGCAGGAAAAGCAAUAACAGACUUGUGUGUUACCUUAAAAGUCAGCAGAGUUACUAUGGCAUAAGCUUCCAUGGAUGAAAGCCCAUGUCAUUCAUUGAGCUCUGCUCCUCAAAAGAUUUUCCCCAAUCUGUCAAUCUUUAAGAUAUUGUUAGGUGAGACAGUAGCACUACGUUAGCUUGCAUAUGUACAAUGGAAACUCUCAAGAUUGCUACAAACCAGCAAUUACCGUAUUUUUUGCUCUAUAAGACUCACUUUUUCCCUCCUAAAAAGUAAGGGGGAGUGUGUGUGCGUCUUAUGGAGCGAAUGCAGGCUGUGCAGGUAUCCCAGAAGCCAGAACAGCAAGAGGGAUUGCUGCUUUCACUGCCCAGCGAUCCCUGUUGCUGUUCUGGCUUCUGAGAUUCAGAAUAGUUUUUUUCUUGUUUUCCUCCUCCAAAAACCUCCUCCAAAAACCAGUCUUGUGGUCUGGUGCGUCUUAUAGAGCGAAAAAUACGGUAGAAACCUCACAAAGUGAAGCCAUCUGAGAAAGAACAGGACUGCUAUGGUUUGGGAGAAACUUAAUCUAGCUUUUUAGAAAUAAUUGAGUUAGCAAAUAAGGAAAGUACUUGACAAAAAUGUACUGCAUAUGGUUGAGGCACCUGCAGAACUGGCUUCAUCGUCACUGAAAGAGGAUGUUGUGGGGAGGGGAGGAGCCACUGGGCCAAGUGCAAGCCAGGACAAGCAGCUUUGCCAAUAGUGCCACUAGAUUGCAAAAUGGAAGAAGUUCGGUGGGGUUGAUUGCACAAGGAGUUAGAAAAAUAAGACUGUUGCUCCCACUUAACAACCAAGAAUGGUGUGGCUGCUGGUGUUUCUCAUGCUUUUUACAGAGAGGAAAUACCCAAGCUUCUGGAAAGUGUUGCUCUAGCAUCUGGCCGUGCUUAGAUUUUAGCACACACUCAAAAAACAUAACCCCAGCUGGAAGAUCCCAGGGUAAUUCCAAGUAUACAAGAAACAACAUUAACAAAGGGAGCAUGGAUGUCUGGAAGAACUUUUCCAGGAGAAGUUGCAAAGUAAGACAACAAAGGUGGGGAGCAGGCUAGUUUAUGGCACAGACAAUAGUCUCUGUACAUUUUGCCACAUAUCUUUAUUUCUGUAAAUCCUAGAAACUUGGGGCUCAUCCGUACUUGUUUAUUGUGGGUAGUAAGUUUCCUGUGACGCGGGUGGUGCUGUGGGUUAAACCACAGAGCCUAGGACUUGCCAAUCAGAAGGUUGGUGGUUCAAAUCCCCGCAACGUGGUGAGCUCCCGUUGCUCGGUCCCUGCUCCUACCAACCUAGCAGUUCGAAAUCACGUCAAAGUGCAAGUAGAUAAAUAGGUACCACUCUGGUGGUAUUUCUGCGUGCUGCUCUUGUUUGCCAGAAGCGGCUUAGUCAUGCUGGCCACAUGACCCGGAAGCUGUACGCCGGCUCCCUCGGCCAAUAAAGCGAGAUGAGUGACGCAACCCCAGAGUCAGCCACGACUGGACCUAAUGGUCAGAGGUCCAUUUACCUUUUAAGUUUCCUGUACAUUAAUUCUCCAUUGUCCAUAUGGCAUUCUCCUCCAAAUCGCAGCCUUCCCUCACUUUCUCCGCACUCAAUCCUGAUUUUCUCAAACUCUCUCCUUUUCAGAGUAUCUCUGGUACAAGAAAAUCCAGACCGAGGAAAGGAAAAGUGUGGGAAAGCAGUGAUUUGGAAGUGAACAUCAUAUGGUCAACUGAGAAUCAAUGGAGAUGCAGGACUAGCUACGUGAAACAAUAUGAACGAACCCUUAUUCUUUUUUAAAAAAUGAAAGCUGGGAAGCUGGGGGGUUGCAGUCUAUUGUGGGGGGCGGGAAUGACUCUUCCUCCUUGAAUCUCCAUGAAAGGGCUGCUUCCACUCUGGUCAUUUACUGUGGAAUAGCUGCAUUUUAUUUUCUUGACUUUUUAUAGGGUAUCUGUAUGAUAUCAUGAACGAAACAUCCCCUUCUCAUGUUUUCCCUCUUCAGCUUCCAGCCCCUCCUCCACCCCAAGAUAUCAACAGAUCCAACCUUUUGUUUUUAAGCUCAAUAGAAUAGUUGUGCAUUUUUGUCAGGUUUAGAUAUCAUCUCUUGUUGCUAUUUUGGGACGCGGGUGGCGCUGUGGGUAAAAGCCUCAGCGCCUAAGGCUUGCCGAUCAAAAGGUUGGCGGUUCGAAUCCCCGCGGCGGGGUGCGCUCCCGUUGCUCGGUCCCAGCGCCUGCCAACCUAGCAGUUCGAAAGCACCCCCGGGUGCAAGUAGAUAAAUAGGGACCGCUUACUGGCGGGAAGGUAAACGGCGUUUCCGUGUGCUGCUCUGGCUCGCCAGAUGCAGCUUUGUCACGCUGGCCACGUGACCCGGAAGUGUCUCCGGACAGCGCUGGCCCCAGGCCUCUUGAGUGAGAUGGGCGCACAACCCUAGAGUCUGUCAAGACUGGCCCGUACGGGCAGGGGUACCUUUACCUUUACCUUUACCUUUACCUUUACCUUGUUGCUAUUCUCACUAAUUCUGGCCUGUAGACAUUCUUCUCUAUGGUUCACCUCUCUUCUCUAGCCAUAAUUCCUAACUCUUCCCUUUCCAAAUAGCAUAGCCUUUAUAUCAUUUUCUCCCGCCCUAGUUAAAUUGCAGUGGUGGGAGGAAUCAUGUGAUGUACUUAACCCUUUCCCUACACAGUGGUCCCAUUGAAAAUACAGUGGUACCUCGGGUUAAGUACUUAAUUCGUUCCGGAGGUCCGUUCUUAACCUGAAGCUGUUCUUAACCUGAAGCACCACUUUAGCUAAUGGGGCCUCCUCCUGCUGCUGCACUGCUGGAGCACGAUUUCUGUUCUCAUCCUGAAGCAAAGUUCUUAACCUGAAGCACUAUUUCUGGGUUAGCAGAGUGUGUAACCUGAAGCGUAUGUAACCUGAAGCGUAUGUAACCCGAGGUACCACUGUAACUCAGUUGUCUGCAUGGCUGAUACUAACGGUGAAUAAAUAAUUAUUCGUCUGUUCAUUAGUCAGUUUAUGUUCUCCAGUUUUGUUACUGAUUUCCCUUUCUUUUCCCCCACUCAGCCAUGAAGCUCACUGGAUGACCUUGGGCCUGUCACCAUCUCAUAGCCUAACCUACCUCACAGGGUUGUUGUGA